AUGCAUGGUGUUGGGGACUUCAAUGAAGGGGACUAUGAGGCGCUGUUGCAGCUGGACUCUGAAGCGGCCGACUCUAGGCCGCAGAUCAGCGAGGCAGCUCUGAGGACCCUGCAGACCCACGUGCACAUGUGUGGAAAGGCAGCCAGCCCAGGGGCAGGCUGCAAACCCGGCAAGGAUACAUCUGUGCUGCACAAGGAGGCGGCGACCCAGGAGUGCAGUGUGUGCUUGGAGGUGUAUGGGGAAGGGGCGCGCGUGACAACUCUGCCCUGCAAGCACUCCUUCCAUGCAGACUGCAUCGAGCCAUGGCUGCGACUGCAGGGCACCGCUGCCACAUGCCCCCUGUGCAAACGCAUUGUAUUCCCAGGUGCUCUGUAG